AUGUUUCAGCCGAUUUGCAAGGUGAAAGUGGCUGGAUACAGUCUGGCAGGGAUUGGCACGCUCUCGGGUACCUUGGCUUCACGCUGCUCUGCAGUGCCGGACACCCCGGCGCAGCCCAGCAUCGUCAGCUCCAGCUCCACGCACAUCACCAUUGGCUGGACGGCACCAACGGCCACCGAGCUUCACAAUGCCUUGCAUCAGGGCACCAAGGUUCAAUUUGACGAUGGAGCCAGCGGUCCCUUCACCAGCGUCAUGCUGACGGACACGUUGCAGGUAGAGUAUACGAAGACUGGGGUCUCUGCUGGUCAAACAUACAGGUUCCGCAUCCAGACAGUGUCCGAGACUGGAGAGAGCGGGACGUCUACAGUUUUGUCAGCCGUGGCUGCAUCUGUGCCCGAUGCCCCUGUGGUGUCCAUUGUGUCGACCUCCGACACGGCCUUGGUCUACAGCGCUCAGCUUUUGGGAUCGACGGGUGGAACUCCCAUCACGGGGUGGAACAUCUAUGCGUCGGACGACGGCAUCACUUAUCCAACCACACCGACAGCAACCGAAGCGGCUGCUUUCACAUCUUACUCAUUAGACUGCACAAACUUUGGUGGCGUCAACCGUGGACAACAGUACUUCUGGGUGAAGAUGACUGCUGUGAGCAGCGCGGGUGAGGGAGCUACGUCCUCUGCGGUGAAGAGCCGUUGCUCUGCGGCACCUGGUACACCUGCCAUUCCAAGCCUUACUGCCUCCACCGCUACAUCGAUUACCAUCAGCUUUGACACCAACGGCCUGAGCGGAGCAUACCUCACUGGCUUCAAGGUGUACACCGACGAUGGGAACAAUGGACCUUGGUCCAUUGACACCAUCACUGACACCACCCAGAGAACCUUCACCAAGUGCGCUCCUUAA